AUGAGCAACAACAAGUACAGUCACAAUGAUGCCAUCAUGGAGAUGCAGGAUAAAUUAAACCUUCUGGAUGGAGAUCGUGAUAGAAAAGCAACAAUGGAAACAAAACAAAGAGCUUUGCAAAAGAAUAUCGAUACAUUAGAGAUGGUUAAAAAGGAAAACAAUGAAUUAAAGGAAACGUUAAAAAAGCUUCAAAAAGAAGUAGGAGGAAAUAACGGAGAGAAAUCAUUCCAAGAAAAAGAAUAUGAAAGAUUGGAAACAAUUCUUCAUUUGAAAAGACAAGAAUUUGAUGAGCUUCAAGCUAUUGCUAGAAAUUUGCAAAAAACAAUCCGAAAGAAGGAAGAUAAGUUGGGUGAUUUCAAUAAGGAAAAGGCACCAAUCCUUACUGAUGACUCGCCCUUGACGAGACAAAUCAGAAUUUUAGAAAACAGACUCGAUAAGGCCAUGAUUAAGUACAAUGAAGCUCAAAGUAUUAAAAAGACAUAUGAACAAAUUUUGGAAAGACUAAAGGAGGAAAGAAUAGGGUUCGAUAACCAACUUCAAGCAAUUGAAAGAACUUUGAAAGCCAAGGAUAAGGACUAUAUUGAAUUGUUGAACAUGUCCCGAGAUGCUAAUUAUUUGAGAGAGCUUGCUAAAAAUGAAUUGACAACAGCAAAAGGUGAAUUCGAAGAAUCUGUUAGGGAUAUGAGAAAGGAACUUGAUGAAAAGAAGAAAUAUGUUGAAGCUAGAGUUAACUUGACAACUGACUUGGCAAAGAAGGAAGCAAAUAGAAGAAGAAAUCAAGAUGAAGAAGGAUCAAAGAAGUUCAGAUCCUCCAGUGCAUCUCAACAAAACAGCAGUGUAAAUAAGACCCAAGUUGAUGAAGAAAGAGAUAGACUUCAAGGUUUAGAAGAAAAAUGGAGAAAGAUCAAGGAAGUAACUGGUGUAGAUGAUGUAAAUGAAGUUAUCCAGAAAUUCCUUUCAUCUUCGGACACACACAAGAAUUUGGAACAAAUGACAAAGGAAUCUCAAAAGAGAAUAGAACACCUCACUGAAAAGAGAGCAGCUUUGAAAGCCAGACUUGAAGAUCUUAAAUAUUCUCAAUCAUCUGGUUUGGGAAGCAGAAGAAUUGUCGACGAAUUCAUUCAACAAUUAUCAGAAGCCCAAUCAAAGAACGAAAGACAAAAGCAACAAUUCGAAAGAAUUGCCAAAAUACUGGUCAACGUUAAAGCUGGUACAGAACACUUGAAUGAUAAGAUGGCCCCAGCUCUUGUUGAUUUAUCAAUGGCAGAAAAUCUUUCAAGGAAGUUUAUUGAAGAAAUUGCCAGAGGUGAAGAUAUUUCUCUUAAUGCAGAAUCAGCCAGGGAUGAGAAUGUUAGCAUGUCUACAGUCUCACUAGGAACUCAAAGUAACGAAGAACGACAUAUUGUAAAUUUAUUAGCACAAUGUUAUGUCAAUUUAUCAGCUGUUUUAGAAAGUUUACCAUCAGAGGAAGAACUAUUCCAAGAAACUUUGAAAUCUACCGAUUCAUUUGAUUUCAAUCAAAGUAAGAAUAAUAUUAGAAUUAAGAUCAAUCAUGAAGAUAAUCAAGAUUCUGAAUCCGAAGAUGAUGAUGAUGAUAAGGAAGCUGAGCUCAUCAGUAGACUUAACGUUAAGAAAAAGGCUGAGAAACUCAUGUCCAAAACUAAGGUCGUUAAAAAAUAAAAUGUAAAAUUCAACUGU